GCUUGUGUCUCUCCUGUGUGGCCCGUGACUGCGUGUAGAGUGCGCGGGCAGACAGCGGCGCCUGUUAAUACACGACGGUACGGCACGGCGGCGAAGCGAACGACUCCGAACGAGCGAGAGCGUGCCGAGUGCACCCACGACGCGAAGUCGCGAGAGUAGAUCGAGCCGAGAGAGGAGUGCGUUUCGCGAAUCUCGCAAAUUACGCGAUAUAUAACGAUUACACAAGUGACGAAGACGCGCGCGACGUGACCGCGUAGGGCAUCCCGACCGUCGUCCGUCGCCACGCCAGAGCGCGCGCCGCCGACCGGCAAAGGCAACGGUAAAGGACCGCGGCCGAGAUCUCACCCCCUUUGUUCUCCGCGGUGCGAGAGACGGACGCGAGAUAAAGAAAAAAAAAAAUUUCCUUCUCAUCUGCGAGUCGAGAGCGAGUGAGUGAAACAGGACAAUAAAUAUGUCAGACGAUAAUUCCCCUGUGGUAGAGGAGCAAAAAAAGAAGAGGGGCAGGCCAGCUAAGGCAGAUAAGAACGCUGUUAAGGAGCCUAAAAAGAGGGGUAGACCUGCUGCGGAAAAAAAUAAUGCGGUACGUCCUGCGAAAUCUGACAAUGAGGAUGAUGCACCACCUGGACCUGUUAAAAAGGGAAGGGGUAGACCUAAGGGUUCUCACAAGAAGAAGCAAGGACCACCAAAAGGCACAACUACUUCGUCACGUGGUCGCGGUAGACCAAAAAAGACAGAAGAGAAACCUGAACUCACCGGUGAAGAUGAAGACGAACAAGAAGAGGAGGAGGAGGAAGAGGAGAAUUGAAGCAUCCAUAGAUGGGGAGGAUGAAACUAACACAGCUGACUUAUCCUUCGAAGACCUUUAAAUAGAACAUCGUGUUGAAUGAAUUCGAUCAUUUUAAGGUUUACUUUUCUUUCAUUUUAACCCGAUUUAACUCUCGAGCGAGUGUCGAAGCGGUGAACACUGUCCCGAUACUCGAGUUUUCUCAAACUCCAGUUCACAGUGCACAUUGCCACACGCUGAUGAAUUCACCAAGACACGUCGGAUACAAAAGUUGUGUUACAAAUUUAUUAACUUUAUUACUUGACAUCACUAUUAAUUAAAAUGAUGAAUGAAAAUCAUACUUUUAAGUCCUAAGACUACGUACAUGUAACCUUCUUUAAUAGUAAAAGACUGGAGUAAGAUGCCGAUCUCGAAACUUUUUUAAUUUGCCCGAGAAGUGAGAUUUGAUAAACUUUUUUUCUAAUUAAAGAAAACUUUCAUGCAGUAUAGAGUAUUGUGUGUGUCACAUGUUUGCUACCUCUUUUUCUCCUUCAUGCAUAUUACGCAAUUCAUAAAGCCAAAAAAAAAAAAAAAAUGAAUUCCAUACUGAUCUAAUAUUGUAAGAGAUAGAGAAAGGUAAACACGGAAAAAAAAACUUCUUGUAUGUAACAUACACAGGAGCUAUUCUUUUCUAAUUAACAUUAAUAAGUACACUUUCUUAAUGUAUAUUACUGUCGUUUUUGAGGCAAGCAUAUGUGUGAAUGUCAAAUUUG